CCAACGUUACUGCACGUAAACAUUGCGAUUUCACGCGGCCGCGGGCAAACCCUUGCGCCGCCGCCGGCAAACCAUUGCGCCGCCGCCGCCAUGGUCCACCACCUCCGGAGGCAUAUGAUUUCUCUCCUCCUCCGGCCAGCGUAUCCUCAUCCCACCGCCGCAAUCUCUCCCCUCUCCUCCCUCCGCCGCCUCCUCCUCUUCUCCACCACCGCCGCGCCCGUCUCCCCCGAACCCUUCGCCGUCGAGGACUACCUCGUCGCCACCUGGGGCCUCACCGGAGCCCAAGCGCGCAAGGCCUCGAAGAAGCUCUCCCACCUCAGGUCCCCCUCCAAGCCCGACGCCGUCCUCGCCUUCCUCUCCGACCUCGGCCUCCCGCCCCGCAAGAUCGCCGCCGUCGCCACCGCAGACCCGCGCUUCCUCUGCGCCGACGUGGAGAGCAACCUCGCCAGGCGCGUCGACGAGCUCGGCGGCCUGGGACUCUCCCGCUCCCAGAUCGCGCGCCUCGUCCCGCUCGCCCUCACCUGCUUCCGGUCCAGCUCCGUCGGCACGAAUCUAGGGUUCUGGCUCCAGAUCGUGGGCUCGUUCGACAAGAUCCUCAAGGCCCUCAGGAUGAACUCCUCGCUACUCGGCUCCGACCUCGAGAAGGUGGUGAAGCCGAACCUGGAAUUGCUAAAGCAAUGUGGGAUGAGUGAUUUUGCCACUAGUUUCCCCUUGUACACCAGCAGGCUCUUCACCGCGAACCCUAUCUAUCUCCGGGACGCCGUGGCACGGGUGGAGGAGUUAGGCCUGGACCGCAGCUCGAGGAUGUUCCGGCAUGGGCUCAUCGCGGUGGCUUUCACGAGCAAGGAGUCCGUUGCGAGGAAGAUACAGGUGAUGGAGGAGCUUGGGUUUUCGCGGGAUGAAUUGUUGAUGAUCAUCAGGAAGGCACCGCAGUUGGUGGCCUCAUCGGAGGAAAAGAUACGGCAAGCCGCUGAAUUCUUGAAGAGGGAUGUUGGUUUGGAGGGACGGUACAUUGCGCAUAGGCCAGUGUUGUUUUUGUACAGCCUUGAGCGGCGAUUGUUGCCUCGGCAUCACUUGCUCAAGGUUCUCAGGAUGAAGGGAUUGCUGGAUUGUGAGUUGGAUUACUACAACACAGCCGCGAUGAGUGAGAGGAAGUUUGUGCGGAAGUUUGUGGAUCCUUACAAGUGCCACAUUCCAGGCCUCGCUGAUGCUUAUACGUCCAGUUGUGCCGGGGAAACAGCAAAUGGAGUUGCUUCACUGCUUGGUGUGUAGACAGAAAUGGAUUAUGCGCUACAGUUUGUGGAGAAUUCGGCUCAAUUACUGCGGAAGAAUGCAAGAUAUUACGUCAGGUACUCCAUGGGAAUGUGCCCCAAUGUCCCCAUCACGCCGGUUACAACAUGGGAAACUUUGUAAUCCAUAAUUCUAGCCAGACCGAAAUCACCAACAACUGCUUCAAGUUUUUCAUCCAACAAAAUGUUAGCAGCUUUGACAUCUCGAUGGAUAAUUUUGGGAUCACAUCCUUCAUGCAAGUAAGAGAUCCCUCUUGCAGACCCUAACGCGAUUUUUCUUCGUGUUGGCCAGUCAAGUGGUUGUUGUGAAUCAGAGCACUCUGUGUAGUUGACAUGAAACUUAUUUUAAUGUUGUAAUCAGAUCUUUAUUGAAA